AUGAGUGCAGUACUCGAUUUGCUGGUCGUCGCGACCGCCUGCACACAUGUUCUGCUCGCACCAUAUACAAAGGUCGAGGAGAGCUUCAAUCUACACGCGACCCACGACGUGCUCAUGUACGGUAUAGGCACAGAUUCGCUACUCGAGUAUGAUCACUUCGUGUUUAGUGGUGCGGUGCCCAGGUCUUUCAUCGGCAGCAUUCUCCUCGCCUGGCUAUCAAUGCCUGUCAUCACCGUAGCACAAUCCUUCGGCAUUGUGAAGUCAAAAUUUGACCUUCAAAUAAUCGUUCGCCUCGUCCUCGCCUCUUUCAACGCACUCAUCAUCUGUCUCAUCCGGCGGGUCGUAUCUCGUCGAUUCGGCCACCCAACCGCAUUCGCGUUUGCGCUGCUCACUUGCAUGCAAUUUCAUCUCCCCUUCUGGAUGGGCCGCACCCUGCCUAAUAUGUUUGCUCUUGCACCCGUCAAUUUUGUAUCAUACCUCCUUCUCAACUGUGAAAAAAGCACUGUGCGCCUGCAUCAGCACAAACUUGGCGCCGCCAUUGCGCUCCUCACGUUCACCGCUGUCGUUCUCCGCGCCGAGGUCACGCUCCUUUUGGGCCCCAUUGCUCUUCAGGCGCUAUGGAACAGACAGAUCACUUUUGUUCGUCUCGUGAAGCUGGGGGUAUUUUCGGGCCUUGGCUCCAUCGCACUCACCGUGCUAGUAGACUCAUAUGUAUGGAAUCGAUGGCCUCUCUGGCCCGAGCUCGCAGGGAUCUACUUUAACGUCUUCCAGGGAAAGAGCGCAGACUGGGGUGUCUCGCCCUUCCACGCAUAUUUUACCUCGCAUCUUCCGAAGAUCCUGCUUGGCGCAGGACCGCUUGCAUUAAUUGGCUUUGCACUUGAUCACCGUAUCCGUACGCUGCUAGGACCCGCGGUAAUGUUCGUUGCGCUUAUCAGCGCGCUUGGGCAUAAGGAGUGGCGCUUUGUAGUCUAUGUAGUGCCACUCUUCAAUGUUGCCGCGGCACGAGGAGCUCAUUGGCUGAUUGGCAGGCCAAAGGGUCGUAUCAUAGGUAGAUUAGCGUUCGUCACGGUCGCAGGACUAUUUGGCUUGACCACAAUGGCAACUAUCCUGCACACGCGCGCUUCGAUGGCGAACUAUCCUGGCGGCGCCGCGCUCGCGCAACUCAACGAUGGAUUUUCUAAUGUGCAACAUGUACACGUACACAUCGCAAACCUCGCCGCUCAGUCCGGUGCCUCGCUGUUUCUCCAAAAUCACGCUCCGCCAUUCUACCCGAUUCCUUCAAGUCACAAUCUGGCGGCGGGUUGGGUAUAUAACAAGACCGAGCACGUCACCGCGGCGGCGCUGACGUCCGACCGCCGAAUUACACACGUUCUUGCUGAGGACCGCGUGCCGUUCGUAUCUAGCGGUCAAUGGGUGGUCCUCGGAGCCAUACAGGCAUUCAAAGGGUGGGAGGUCCAGCGGGACGUGAGAGGUUUGGUGAGGCAGCGUGGAGUGCGUGGUAUUCUGGACGUAUUAGCGAUGCGCACAGAGGAGGUUCUGUGGAUCUUGGAGAGGGCGACAUAG